AUGAUACGCAAAGGGAUGACGACUCCGGUGAUGACCGUCUUCUUGACCUCCUUCCUGUCGCAAUACCUCCCCAAGGUCUAUCACUCCGUCUGCUUCCGCCGAAGGUUGCAGAAUCUCUUGGGCUACAUCUUCGGUACCAUCUGGGGAGAAAUUGCUCUUAACUUGACAGCUUACUUCGUCGCCUCUCAUGCAGCAGGCGCUUGCUGGUACUUACUAGGGAUUCAGAGAGCGACCAAGUGCCUCGAACAGCAGUGCAUGGUGACGAGCGGAUGCAGAAUUAGGACAAUGGCAUGUGCAGAUCCUGUGUAUUAUGGCACCACCACAUCAAUCGUAGAUGGGGAGCGAAUGGCUUGGGCUCAGAACCUGCACGCUCGAUCCAUGUGCUUUGACCGCAGCGACAACUUCGAGUAUGGAUCUUACAAGCGGGUAGUCACUCUGGUUUCUAAUCCUAAUCGCUUAGAGAAAAUUCUGUUCCCAAUCUUCUGGGGUCUGAUGACUCUCAGCACGUUUGGGACCAUCUUGAGCACGACCGAGUGGCUCGAGAUCACCUUCAACAUCAUCAUCGUCACCAGUGCGCUGCUUUUAGUUACGACGCUUAUCCGGAACAUCGAGGUCUUCCUGCAUUCGACGACGUCGAAGAAGCAAGCGCUGCAGUCGAGGAUGCGGAUCUUGGAUCGGUGGAUGCGGCGCAGAAAUUUGCGCUUUGAGAUCAGGAAGAGGGUGCGGCAGGAUGAGCGGCAGAGAUGGGCGGCCAUGAGGGGGGUAGACGAGUUCGAGAUGAUGCAGCACCUGCCCGAGGGGAUGAGGCGGGACAUCAAGUACCAUCUCUCCCUCGACCUUGUUCGACAGGUGCCUCUGUUCCAACACAUGGAAGAGCUGGUGCUGGAGAACAUAUGCGACAGAGUCAAGUCUCUCAUAUUCCCCAGGGGAGAAACCAUCACAGGAGAAGGCGAUCCAGUGCAGAAGAUGCUGUUCGUGGUGAGAGGCCAUCUGCAGAGCAGCCAAGUCCUGCGCGACGGCGUGAAGAGCUACUGCACGCUGGGGCCGGGGAACUUCAGCGGCGACGAGCUCCUGUCGUGGUGCCUCCGCCGCCCGUCCGUGGAUCGGCUGCCGCCGUCGUCGUCCACGCUCGUGGCCGUGGAACCGACGGAGGCGUUCGGGCUGGAUGUCGCCGACCUCAGGUACGUGACGCAGCAUUUCCGUCACACCUUCGUGAGCGAGAAGGUGAAGCGGAGCGCCCGGUACUACUCGUCGGGGUGGCGGACGUGGGCGGCGGUGGCGAUCCAGCUGGCGUGGUGGAGGCACAGACUUCGGCUGACGGUGACGUCCUUGUCGCUCGUGCGGCCACGCUGGCCUCCUCCUCGCUCCUCGUUGAUGGAAGAGAACAGGCUGAGACAGUACACGGCGCUGCUAACAUCACCCAAGCCUAACCACCAUGACUUUGCAGUGCGAGAGGGUGAUGAUGAUCCAUAGCUCAGCCUGCCGUCCUAAUAACAAGCAGUUCGCAUGCGAUAUGUUUCAUGUCCCAAAACUGCUGCCGUCCUCGAUAGUC